AUGGGUGAAGAGGAAAAUGUUGCUGUAAAUUUAGCAAAUGAGAGUGAACAAUUAAAAAUUUCCUUUCGAAAUUUGAGCUUUACCGUAAAUGUAUCUGGAAAAGACCUUGAUAUUCUGAAGCAACUGUAUGGAGAUUUUAGCCCUGGACGACUUUGUGCUAUUGUCGGUCCAUCUGGUGCAGGAAAGUCAUCUCUCCUGAAUAUUUUAUCAGGAUUUAGAAAACCUACAGGAGAUAGUGUUCUCUUAAUCAAUGGUAAACCAACAAGUCAGAGUUUCAUCCGUAGAAAUUCAUCCUACAUUGCUCAAGAUCUCACGUUUUUGGGAAAAUUAACAACGCGCGAAACACUAAAUUAUGCUGCUAAAUUGAAGCUCCCAGCUGGAACUACAGAAGCCACAAGACGCCUUAUUGUUGCAAACAUCGUGCAAUUGUUGGGAUUGGAAAAAUGUAUAAACAACUAUGUGGAGAAGCUAUCAGGCGGAGAAAGAAAGCGUUUGUCAAUUGGCGAAGAGCUAAUUACAAAUCCACCGAUUAUGAUCUUCGAUGAGCCCACAAGUGGUCUAGACAGCGUAUCAACAGUCCAAGUUGUGACGCACCUGCGGGAUUUGGCGCAUUCUGGACGUACCGUCAUAUGCGUCAUUCAUCAACCAUCCUCAUUUGUUCUUGAACUCUUUGACGAUAUCUACGUCCUCUCAGAUGGGCAGUGCAUCUACAGGGGUCCAAUUGAUAGUAUUGUUGGGAAGUUUCAAGAAGCUGGAUACCUCUGCCCGCAGUACUACAAUCGCGCUGAUUUCAUCCUCGAAGUUGCGAGUCAGCAGAGACAAGGGAAUCUCGAUCUUUUAAUAUGGAAGGCUAAAGAAAACGGAGGUCCUGUUGCUGCAAACUAUAUGGGAAUAUUCAUUUUACCAGCAACAUCUAUGCCAAUGUUAAUCUUCUGUGGUUUCUUCAUACGUUACAAAGAAAUGCCUGUGUUCAUGAAACCACUGAGCUAUGUGCCCUUCUUCAGGUACCUCUACGAAGGAUCCUUUCAGGCACUCUAUGGAUUUGGUCGUUCAGACCUAAACUGUGAUCAAGAAUUUUGCUACUUUAAAUCCAUUUCAAAGAUUCUCGAAGAAAUGGACAUGACCAAUAACAAUUAUCAUUGGGAUAUUGUGGCUGUUGUUAUUUGGAUUCUUAUCUUGAAAAUUGUAUCAUAUUUUGCCCUUCGUAUGAAGCUUAAAAAGCUUUUAAGUUAG